GAGAGCGGUGGCCAUGUCGUUGCGGCGCGCGCUGCUGCUGCUGCUGUCGAGCCCGCGGCUCGUGGAGCGGCUCUCGGAGUCGCGGCCCAUCCGCGCCGCCGCCCGCGCCGCCGCCGCCGCCAUCACCCGCGGCCAGCAGCACCUGGGCCCGCGCCUGUUCCGCCUGCGCGACACCUUCCUCGGGGAGCUCAAGGACGGCGCCCGCCAGCGGGGGUGGCCGUGGCCGCGCGGGCCGGGCCGCGGGGGCCGCCCCCCCGGGGCAGCGCCCUGAGCAACGCGCCGAGUGGGGAGAGGCGGCACCGCUGGCGAGGGGACGGGAGCGACAGCACCAGGAGUCGGAGCGCGCUGGAGCCGGCGGGUGAUGGGCCCCGUGGCUACUCCGGACCCCCGCGGACACCCGGGCGGCGGACGGCGAGCUGCGGAGCUUACGGUGCGUCUUCCAUCGCAUGGACAUAUGAAACUAUUGCUGCUCAUUGGUGUGAUGGAUUUUCAUUUCAAAGCCGUUUUACGUGUUCCACAGUUCUCAGGAACAAGCAGACUCACUAAACAUCAUCCAGAACGCUGUCACGAUUGUCACUUUAAGUGCUUCAUAAGAAACUUGAAAUAAAACCACGAUUCUCAUGGGA